AGGCUUAAUGGUGCUCAUCGGAUGGCAUGGUUCAGGAGAGCUUAUUUGGCGGCUAAAUCCUGCAUAUAGGACGACUCGACUGUAUUGCGACUCCUCUUGGUGGCAAACAGAAGAAUAUCAGCGAGACGACGAAGGAAAAGUUACACAGAUCAAAUUCGCCAACGGACCAAGAUACGUAGAUCCCGUCGGAUUCGUGACCAGAGCAAUUCCUUCGGGGGGAAUGUUCGAUCCUACCCUAGGUUUGUGCGGCCCUGAUGCGGAAGAUCACGAUCUUUCGGAUGCCAUUACAAACAGAGGGCUGAAUGUUAUCACCUUCUGCCCCAGUGUUUGGAAGGCUGGUCAUCCAGUGACAAUUCCCCAGCAACUAGCAGAUCCAACGCGAAUCCCACCAUUCCCAAUAGGCGACCUCGACAGUUUAACCUGGACAUUUUUUCAUGAAUACACGCAUCUUGUGGGGGCCUCCAUUUUCUUUCCCGAAGGCGUCAUCGAUGUGAAAAACAACAGAGGUGGAAUGUGUUAUGGUUUCCCAGAGUGUUCAUUUCUAGGUGGCAGCAGACUGGCCACGAUAAAUGCAGACAAUUAUGUUCUCCUCGCGCUCGCGAGCUAUCUGUACAUGUACGACUGGUCAGACGGCACAUGCCGAAUACCUUGACUUUCCGAUUCUUCACCUUCCGGUCCUUCAUGGCGACUGAAGACGGAAGUCAAGGGAUUGGAUCAUGAAAAAAAUGGAUUUGGGAUCAAGGCUGGCAUAAAGCUUUGCACGAUUAAGCUAUAGCAAUCUUUAGGCUGAUGAAGAGAAACUCAAAGCUGGUAUGAUCUCGAGCUAGCCCCUGCGCAAAUAUUUCGAGACACAUUCAAGUCUGAUGCUUGAUAUUUGAGACGCGCCAUGCUAGGUCCGCUAGGAUCUAAUUACGGCCGUAAAAGAG